UAUGAUAUGUCUCAACAUGUGCGACGAUAUGGAAAAUAUAUAAGCGAAAAGAUUUAUACUUAUCGACUAUGCGCGUUCGACUUCUGCAAAGUGAAGCGAGGACGUGAGGAUGGUCUACUUCGGACAAUGAGCGCUGAUAAACUUUUGAAAACAUUGCCAAUACUUCAAAAUCAAAUCGAUGCACUGCUUGAAUUCCAAGUAACUUCUGGCGAAUUGAAUAAUGGUGUGAUUAACUGCUCAUUUAUUCUUUUAUUCCGAGAUCUUAUUCGUCUUUUUGCUUGUUAUAAUGAUGGUAUUAUAAAUUUAUUAGAAAAAUAUUUUGAUAUGAAUAAAAAACAAUGUCGUGAAGCUCUUGAUAUGUACAAAACAUUUCUGCAACGUUUAGAAAAAGUUGCUGAUUUUCUUAAAGUAGCAGAAACUGUUGGAAUUGAUCGCGGUGAAAUUCCUGAUUUAACUCGCGCUCCAGCUUCCUUAUUAGAAGCACUUGAAGCCCAUCUGAUUCAUUUAGAAGGCGGCAAGCCUCUUUCAUUUCCAAAUUUUUUGAAUUUUCAGAAUGAGCAGGUGGCUUCAGCAAUAGGUUAUUCAGCACCGCUUUUUUCUUCUGAGAAAGUCGAUGAUUCUAUGAAACAAAAAUAUUUGGAAGAAGAGAAAGAACGAUUGCGAAUGUUUGAGGAACAGCGUAAAAAGCAGGUAACAAAUGUGGCUGGAAAUGCGACUGUUGAUUCACAACUUUUUAAUCCAUUUGCUGGUCCUACUCGACCAGCGGACGGUUCACAGCAGCUUUUAUCCAAGCCUGCUGAUGAUCUUCUAAAUUUAUUUGAUUCUCCUCAGCCGCAGAUGGUUACACCGGUAGGUGUAUCUAUGAAUACAACAAUUCAACCUACGAUGCCUCUUGAUCCAACUAAUCCUUUCGCACAAAAUGUAUUUCCUCAAUAUCCCCCCAUGGUUAAUGCGCCAUCAGCCAGUACAGGUUCACAGUUAUUAUAUCAAAUUUUUAUAUCUUUUAUAAAUUCUUUUAAUGCGUAUCCGCAAGCGUGCAAUUCAGCUUUCGCUGCCAAAUUUAAUAGCAACUUCGGAAAUAUGCAAAAAACUGGAACUUUUCCAAUUGAUGUACAUGCUGUUACGAAGUCUCAAGAAGGCGGAACAAAUCCUUUUUUAAUGACAACAUCGGAACAGUGGCAUCCAUCUGAACAAAUAACUGGUCAGCAAUGGAUCGCGGAUAAAGUGGAGCAAAAUAUGCAACAACAUUUUGAAACGAAAGGUGUAAUGGCUGAAUCAAAUUUAAAAGGUGUUAGUACUAUGUCUGGUGCUGAUUCAAGUGAAAGCAGUGAAGAAACUGGUGAGGAUAUGGCACCCAGCGAUACAGUUAAUUCGGCCUUACAUAAUCCUUUCGGAGCCAUGCAACAAAAUGCAGAAGGUUGCUUCUUGAUUUUACCGUUCCUGGAUUAUUUUAACAUAUUGCCAGUCAUUUUAAUUUAUGAGGUGAAUUUUGUUCCGUUGCAUAUUGCUGGUGCAGGUCAAAUUGUACUUACUCCACAGCGAAUGGAUAUGCCUUUCUAUCCGCCACCGUCUAGUCGUUCUUCAGCAGAUAAUUCCCCCGUACAAUUUGAUGCUCCUCACAACAUUUCAUCUUCCGCACCACAACCGAUUCCACAGCCAAUCCAUCAGUUGGGUAUAUAUGAUCAGACACCCUUUUCCCAUACAGAUGGCAGUUAUACAUCUUCGCCAGUUUUUGCGCAUCAUCCUCAACAGGCAACAGCAAAUGUAGAUGCUUAUGGAUCACAACCACCACCAUCGGCAUCAUCUGCUGUCGUUCAACAAGGAAAAUUUGGCUGCGGUGAUUUGGAUAGUGCAUUAUCGUCAUUAGCAGAUAGUUUAUCGAUUGCUUCCAAAGGAAUAGCCAAUCAAGGGUUGCCUGUGCAGUGGAAUAACCAAAGUGGAGUGCGGCCAAUAAUGCCGUCUGCUGUGACUCCAGCUGCGUAUGGACAAGUGCCAGGCCCACAGUGGCAACCAGUGGGCGCCUAUCAUCCUCAGCAAGGUAUGUUUCCUCAACCUUUGAUAUAUACUCAUCCUGGUUUUGGACAAGUUGGUGCCUCACUUUAUGGUGCAUCAGUGCAACAACGUCCAACACAGCCACAGCAACCAAAUGCUGGUGGUCAAACAUCUACUGUUCCUCAGCAACAUCCAUUCAUGUAG